CAAUGUCUACUCUGGCCACUCCAUCCCAGCAAAAGCAACCUAAGCAAGCAUUCAAUUACCAAGACUACAUACCUGCUGAUUCAGAAAUUCUAUGUCCAAUAUGCCAAGUUCAAUGUACAUCUCUGCAGCGCUUAAAUUUGCAUUUGGACCAAGCACACAAUGAAGAAGAAACAAAGGGCGAUCUUAUAUCAUGGUUCAAAAAUGCCCAAAAGAAGGUGCUAACUCCCCUUACUCAGAAAAGCUCUUCAUCAAGCUCCACUCCGCCCGUUGCUAGCUCUAUCAGCAAGUCAUUCAAUCAGAUACUUGAACCCAACUUCAUAAGCAACCUCAGUAUUAAUGGAGCUCAACCAAUGUUCACACCGGAAAUGGAGCAACAAAUGGAAGCUGUUCGUCGUGACCAUUGGCAGCGUGAAACUGGGCAAGAUAGAUGUUCUGAACCGCACUGUGGUAAAACUCUUGGCCGAGGCAGUGCUGGAAAGCAACAUUGCUACCACUGCGGUAGGCUGUACUGUGCUGAUCACACCCGCUAUGAAAUGAAAUUGAACACGUCGGCAAAGCAUGACCCUGCAAAUGGUAUAUGGUGCAGAGUUUGUCAUACAUGCUACGUCUCAAGAGAUGGCUAUCUUGACAACGAAGGCGCAAUACGUUCAAGAACUGCAUUAUUUUUGAUGAGAAGGAUGAAAACAAUUGACAGGGUCCACUUGGAGAGCAAUAAGCUUGAAAAGCGAUUAGAAAAGCUAGCCAAAAUCCAUACCUCAUCCGAUACAUCAUCUCGUCUAGAGAAACCAUCGCUGUUGAAAACAGCUACUUUAGGGUCCGGAAGCGACCACCUCGUGGUGCAGAGAACUACUUCAGCUUCGUCCAUAGAUAGUAUUGGUAGUCUGCUGAGUCCAAAAGCUAACUCCGGAUCCAAUGGCAACAGGCUAAUCUCCAUUGGAUUGAAGAAUAGAGAUGCGGAGAAAACUGUUGUCUCAUGGGAUGAUGAUAGAAGUGUGCUGAACUGCCCGCUCUGCAACAAAACUUUUACUAUCACGAACAGAAGGCAUCACUGUCGACUGUGUGGCCGCAUUGUAUGUAGCAACCAAACUUGCUCUUCCAUGAUACCUCUCUUCCUUGAUAUGAGUUCAGACUCAGUGGAUCAGCCUCCUGUAGGAGAAACUCGCGCAUGUAAAGAUUGCAAGAGAAUGGUGUUUAGGCGUAAAAUUCAAAAGGAAGAAAUGACCAAACCGCAGCCCAUACUUCAGCUCUAUCAGCAACUCUCUGCUACUAAAGCCAACAUAGAAAAAAUGUUACCACGAUUCCAGGAUAUGGUCAUGAUGCUUGAACGUAACGAGAUAUCCAAUCAAUCGCAUGAAACGUUCAAGCUUGCCGGGCAAGUGCGAAAAUCUUUACUUGACAGCUUUGCAGCAUUUGAUGCUAUAUCAAAGCGAAUCAACAUGCUUCCUGCUCACUCUUCAAGCAUGCGCAGAUUGCAAGCAAAUAUCCACAUUUCUGCUAAUCACUACCUACAGCGCAAUAUGUUUCCUCUGCAAAUGCUUCCUAGGAUCCUGAACCCUGACAGCAAACCUAAGAAAGGUGCCAAAGCUAACGGAAAAGCAAAAACACCAUCAUCGCAUGAGCAAGCAGAAAUAGAUGAUCUUACUGCUCAGUUGGCAGCUUUUGAUGAGCAGAAAACGUUAGUGGCAGGCUUUGUGAAGGAUGCUCAACGGCAGAGGAAAUUUGACGAUGUAAGAACGCUCAAACUCAGUCUUAGUGAACUAGAACGUGAGAUAGAUCGAUUACAAGCGGAGCUAGCCAAACGUUCGUGAUACCCAUAUGUAAACCCAUAGCACGUCUUUUGAUAGGAUAUAAGUG